GGAGGAGGGAGGUACCUGGAACAGGGAGUGAUGUCAGCUCCCAGCUCCCUGCCUUCCCGGAUUCCUGACAUGGUUCGAGAGGGAGAGAGGGUGGGAAAACCCAGGAAGGAGAAGCCAAAGGAUUCAUGUUUUGCAAGCCUGGAGGGGACCAGAGUGCUGAGCUUAUGAACCCUCAGGGGAAGUAAACUUUUGCAGCUGUGCUGGCGAUUUUGCACCCAGAUCUAGACUGUGAUCUCACUUUUCACCUGAGAAACUAGAAGAUGAUGAGUGAUGCCAGCGAUAUGCUGGCGGCUGCUUUGGAGCAGAUGGAUGGUAUCAUAGCAGGUUCUAAGGCCUUGGAAUAUUCCAAUGGGAUUUUUGAUUGUCAGUCUCCAACCUCCCCAUUCAUGGGAAGCUUGCGUGCCUUGCAUCUCAUAGAAGAUCUUCGUGGCUUGCUAGAGGUGAUGGAAAUGGAUGAGAAGGAAGGAUUGAGAUGUCAAGUCCCUGACUCAACAGCAGAAACUUUGAUUGAAUGGCUUCAGAGUCAAAUGACUAAUGGACGUAUAUCUGGAAAUGGAGAUGUUUAUCAAGAAAGACUAGCACGUUUAGAAAAUGAUAAAGAAUCUCUGGUUCUCCAGGUGAGUGUAUUAACAGAUCAGGUGGAAGCUCAGGGAGAAAAGAUUCGUGAUUUGGAAUUUUGUCUUGAAGAACACAGGGAGAAAUUAAAUGCUACUGAAGAAAUGUUACAACAGGAACUUCUGAGUAGAACAUCUCUAGAAACUCAGAAAUUGGACCUCAUGGCUGAAAUAUCUAAUUUAAAGCUAAAAUUGACUUCUGUAGAAAAGGACAGAUUAGACUAUGAAGAUAGGUUCAGAGACACAGAGGGCCUACUGCAGGAAAUUAAUGAUUUGAGGUUAAGAGUUGGUGAAAUGGACAGUGAGAGACUUCAAUAUGAAAAAAAGCUUAAAUCCACCAAAUCUUUAAUGGCCAAACUUUCUAGCAUGAAAAUCAAGGUUGGGCAGAUGCAGUAUGAAAAGCAGCGGCUGGAACAAAAAUGUCACUCAUUAAAGGAUGAACUUACAUCUUUAAAAGAACAGCUGGAAGAAAAAGAAUCUGAAGUACAAAGACUACAAGAAAAACUGGUUUGCAAAAUGAAAGGAGAAGGAAUUGAAGUGAUUGAUAGAGAUGAAAACUGUAAAAAGAAGCUCAAAGAAAAAAAUAUUGAAGUACAGAAAAUGAAAAAAUCUAUGGAGUCCCUGAUGGCAGCAAAUGAGGAAAAGGAUCGAAAAAUUGAAGAUCUUAGACAGUGUUUGAGCAGAUACAAGAAAGUACAGAAUAUGGUGAUGCUGUCUCAAGGGAAAAAAGGUAAAGAAGGUGAAUAUGAAGAAUUACCUAGCUCAAUUUCAGCCUUGUUGGAAAUGCAGAGCAUAAGUGAUCUGGAGAAAAGUCUGCCUUCUACUCCAGUUACAGGAUCUCCCAGCCUUGAUAUAUUGAACACAAGUAUUCCAGAAGAGCUUCAUAUGAGCAUUUUGCAAGUUUCAGUACCUUCAUUUUCAUUAAUGUCCAAAGAAUUGGAAUCAUCUGAAAAGUCAAAAUCUCCACCCAAAUCAGAGACUGCAGCUGACAUGAAUGAUGGAAAAAUAACUCUUGAUGCUGCUUUAGAAGUGCCACUGUGUGAUAAUCUGUUAUCUUCAACUCUGCAAAAAUCCAGUAGUCUGGGCAAUUUGAAAAAAGAAGUUUCUGAUACGGAAAAGGAGCCUCUUCAGAUGCUUCCAGAGACAAUACCUCCUGUGCAAAUCAGCAAAUUUGGGAGCUUUCCUCCCAAAGUCCAAGGACCUGGGCCUCCAGCAGAUGAUAAUGCCUUUGGCACUCGAAAAGCACGAUCUUCUUUUGGACGGGGGUUUUUUAAGAUUAAAAACAACAAGAGGACAGCAAGUGUACCAAAUUUGGAUCGUAGCCGAAGUGCAAGUGCACCUACGUUAGCUGAAACAGAAAAGGAAACUGCUGAGGAUCCAGCUCUGGCUGGCUUAUCUUCCCUAGGAAAGGAUGCAGAGUGCAUCAGUCCCUUCCAGAUAUCUCCACCUUCUCCAGACUCCAAAAAGAAAUCCCGGGGUAUCAUGAAGUUAUUUGGAAAACUUAAGAGGAGCCAGUCUACCACUUUCAAUCCAGAUGAUAUGUCUGAGCCCGAGUUCAAAAGAGGAGGAACAAGGGCAACUGCUGGACCUCGUCUGGGUUGGUCUAGAGACCUGGGGCAAUCAAACAGUGACUUGGAUAUGCCAUUUGCCAAAUGGACAAAAGAGCAGGUUUGCAACUGGCUCUUGGACCAAGGAUUAGGUUCAUACACGAAUUCAGGCAAACACUGGAUUACAUCUGGGCAAACUCUCUUGCAGGCAUCUCAGCAAGAUCUAGAAAAGGAACUGGGAAUUAAAUAUUCACUUCAUCGAAAGAAGCUACAGCUAGCUCUACAAGCCCUGGGAUCUGAAGAGGAAACUAAUCAUGGAAAACUGGAUUUCAACUGGGUCACCAGGUGGUUGGAUGACAUUGGUCUUCCCCAAUAUAAGACACAGUUUGAUGAAGGAAGGGUAGAUGGUCGCAUGCUUCAUUAUAUGACUGUUGAUGAUUUGUUGACUUUGAAGGUUGUUAGUGUGCUACACCAUCUUAGUAUCAAAAGAGCCAUCCAGGUGUUAAGGAUAAAUAACUUUGAACCCAACUGUCUACGGAGGCGACCAUCAGAUGAGAAUAAUAUCACUCCUUCAGAAGUUUCUCAGUGGACCAAUCAUCGAGUGAUGGAAUGGCUACGUUCUGUAGAUUUGGCAGAGUAUGCACCAAAUUUGAGAGGGAGUGGUGUACAUGGUGGACUCAUGGUUUUAGAGCCUCGUUUUAAUGUUGAAACAAUGGCUCAGUUGUUAAACAUUCCACCAAAUAAAACACUCUUGAGACGGCAUCUGGCCACCCAUUUCAACUUAUUGAUUGGUGUUGAGGCUCAACAUCAGAAGCGUGAGACAAUGGAAUCACCUGACUAUGUACUUCUAACAGCUACUGCCAAAGUGAAACCAAAGAAACUUACUUUCAGCAAUUUUGGGAAUCUGAGAAAAAAGAAACAAGAAGAAAUGGAGGAAUAUAUAUGCCCAAUGGAAUUGGGACAGGCAGCCAAGAAAGGAUAUAAUUCUGGUUUGGAUAUUUGUCUUUAUGAUGAUGACGAUUUAGACAGACUAGAACAGAUGGAAGAUUCAGAAGGAACAGUAAGGCAAAUAGGGGCAUUUUCAGAAGGCAUCAACAAUUUAACACAUAUGUUGAAAGAAGAUGACAUGUUUAAAGACUUUGCCACACGUUCUCCUAGUGCUAGUAUUACAGAUGAAGACUCCAAUGUGUGACAGUGAUAGCUGGGUACCUAUAAGGACUCCUCUUUUCUGUCCUAUUUCAGAAACAGAUUCAAGAGAUGUGUUGGGCUACAGAUUGUUCAUUUUAUCGUGCUCACUUCUACUUGUUUGGAAGUGAUUUUUUUCUCAAGGGGAUAAGGAAAGGGGUGGGGCAGGUGCCUAUUCUGAAGUUGCCAUGAACAAUGAAACACUGUUGAAUGAUAGUAUAAUGGUUUUUACUUUAUUUAAUGUACAAUUCUGUGAUAUAUUUAAAGUAUUGCUUUUUAAAUGAUGUUACUAUGUUGUUCUUCACAUUGGUGAAUGACUUUGGAAGAAAAUGGACUGUUAAGUAUUCCGUUUCAUUUACUGUGGCUUUUUUAGACAAAAAUUAAGUGAUCACUGGUAAAUUUCUAGACAUCAAUACAUAGAAUUCCUUUAACAACUUAAUAUGUUUACCUGAAUGUCACGGUUAUGUCCUUACAUGCCUUUUUACUAUUGCUAUCUUAUUUUUGUAUAUUUUUCUAAAGCAUGUAUUCAUACAUUAAUCACAGCAAAGAGAACUUUUAUUUUAUGGCAUCUUUUCAUAUAAUACCAUUUGCAAAUGUACCAACUGGCUCCUGGAAAGAUUAGACUUUCUGAGCUCAAGACUUUCUUACCUUACCAAAUGCUGACAAGUGUUGACCAUUGUGACAUAAUUAGUGAUGAGUUAAGUUAGUGAAUCUGAAAUCCCCAAGAAUUAUUUUUCUACCAUGGGUUGGAGUAUUAUGUAACUUAAGCUUUUGACUUCAAAUCCUGAAUUCUUUCACCUAAGAAGAAGAACUUGAGGGCUAUUUUUUAUUCUGCAAGUAGAAUAGCUUUUAAAAAAAUUAUUAUUCCAAAGGAGUUAUUUAGAAAGAAUUUCAAAAUAAAAAAAAAAAACUUUAUAAUAUUAAACUCCUUAUUUUUCUUCUAUAAACACAUUACCACAGCAAAAACCUACCAAUAAGUUGUCUAGUAUAUUUUAAUUAUAAACUCUCCUGUUACCAAUGAAUGGAGCUUUUGAAAUAGUUAACUUCCUUGAAGUUUAAUCCCAAAAUAAAGUUCUAUCCAAUCAGUUCAGUAUUCUUAUACUACUGGAAAAGUAGUUUGUGAUGUCAAUUUUGUUAUAUUAAAUGGAGCCCAAACUGUGCUAUGGUAUAGUGGUCCUAUGUUUUUUGGAAAGAGAAGAGAAAAUUUCAAAUAAAAUAUUUCCUACCAUUACAAUUUUUUAAGAUUUGGAAAAAAUUUUGACCCAAUAAUGUAUAUACAUAAAUUGUCAUGCUAAUUUACUCCUUUCUUCAGUAGGACAACUUAGUAAAUAACCCUGUUCAAGGAUCUUAAGAUUAAGGGAGUUCAUAAAUACUAUUAGGAUAUAUGAAUUGCAAACUUAUUUAAUUAUCAAAGACAUAAAUUUUUCAUUAGUCACCAGGAAAUUCUUUCAAGUCUUAUAGUUUUAGAUUAUUUGUAACUACCAUGAAUUGAUCAGAAUAUUACCUUUAACCCUACCAAAAAUUUUUUUUGAUAAUGGCAUCAGAAACUGUUAUUAAUGUACUGUAUUUUAAUGUAAAUUCAAAUAGCCAUUCAUUUUACUUAUUGGAAAAUUUACCAGCUUCCUGUUAUGGCUCUAAAUAACAUCUGGAGAAUAAUAUAAAUGCCAAAUUAGCUUCAUUUAGUGCAAUCUAGCUAACAAUUUUUUCUUCAAAAAAAAUUACAAAACAGCAUGCAAUACUGGGUAUUUCUAUGUAAAAGUCAAUUGGAAAUUUCCAUAUAUUCCAAUUCUUAGUCUUUUUUGGAAUUUUUUGACAACCUACAUGCAUUAUUUUUGUGAAAUCACUAGAAAUAUAGAAUACAUGCCAAAGAAUAGAAGUGUGAGAUUAUAACUUGUAAUGUUUUACUGCUAAUAAUAAAAAGACCUGAUUGUGGGUGGUCGUAGUGCAAGGGAGUACAAAUAUAAAAAAAUAACUCAUUGGCAUGAGUUUAGAAAGUAAAAAAAUACAAUGAAAGGAAGAUUGUAAAUGGAAUUUAGGUGUUAAUAUGAAUUCAACUAAAAAUUUGAAACUGUUAGGAAGGAAAUUUAGAGAGUAUAAAGUAGAUAAAAACAAAGGUAUUGAAUUCUAGAGAAUCCUGGAUGCUUUGUGUGGAUGUUAGUUACCAAACCUUGUUUAACCAGUCUGAGUCAAUCCAAACAGAAUACAUCCAGAUGGCAAGCCAGGAAGCAUAAUUUAUCAUCUUCUGCUAGGAUAUAUAGUCUUUACUUUAGAGCUAGAAAAGAGAGAUGACCAUGUACAAAUAACAGGUGCAACUUAAUGACUACCUACAAAAUCUGUUUUGUGAAAAAAAAAAAAUCUAUCUUGACAGCAUCUCAUUUUGGAAAUUUCGAAGUAAUUUAUUGCCAAGAAGAUGGGCCAGAAAUCAUCCCAAGAAGUGACUCGGGAGGACAAGCUUGAUCUCAAUGCUAUGUGUAACAUUUUUAAUCAAACUGUGGUCCAUGCUGCUCAGAAACUGAAAGACUGUCUUGGAUUUGAAGAGCUUCAAAAUAAACUGUCCCUAAAUUCCAAUGCAUUGAAUGAGAUCUUUUAAAUUCAUUUUAUUAGUUUCUGCCAUAAAAAUGGAAUGGAUAAGAAGAUUACUACAAACAAAAUGACCAAGAAUCAGGCCAUGUUGUUUAGGACUGAUUGGAUAUGGACAUUCUGGGGCUCUUGUAAGGAAAUCCUAUUUCAACUGUUUAUACAGACUUUACAGAUGUCCACGGCUCUUCACAUUGAAUCUAAUUCCUGUGACCUGCUCAACAAGGAUGUGGUGUUAGAUGUGUAUACUAGUGGAGGGGGGGAAGGAGAUCGAUUUGAGAAAAUGGAAGAAUUCUGUAAUUUGAUAGGUGAGGACUGUCUGGGUUUAUUUAUCAUCUUUGGUGUGCUAGGAACGCCUGAAGGCAUCAGAGGAGUUCUCUUGGACAGUAUUGAAAAUAAGAAAAUUCAAAACUGCCUAUCAGGAGAAAAGGCUAUAAAACAUCUUAAAUACAAAGAGCUGUCUAUCUACCAAAGAACUGUUAGAAAAGUACUUGCAUAAAAAUGAUAAACUGAAUAAGAUAAGCAAGGUUUAUAUUAAUUUUUUCUCAAUUUUAGAUUAGGUAAGCCAAGCAAAUAUAAACCCAUUUGUCAAAGCAAAGGAUUUUAUUCUUUUCAAGCAUAAGAGCAUUUAAUGUGUCAGCAUUAAUUAAUGUAUUUAUGUGUUAAAUGGGUUUAGAACAGCAUUGUAUCAAGUGAUAGAUUCACUUCUUUUGGUGGCAAAUAAAAAAAUGCUAAGCUAUGUUCCAAAUGAUUGUAUUAUUGUGAUUAUGAAACAGGAAAAAAAAAAAAG